AUGAAGGGCGGUUACACCAGACUCUUCGACGACCAAGCGUCGGGCGACAAGGUCAGCGAAUAUGCCGACGCCCAUUCGACCCCGUUGCCGGCACACAUCACGGCCUACCAUGCGCACGCCUCUGCGAGCAGGCAGGACUCGGAAAUGCUGAGCUCGAAUUUCCAGAGCAAGCUGCACUUAUUCCUGGCCAGGUCCAUCGGCGCCAAGAGGGAUGUUGCCGUUUCGGAGCCAGCUAAUGCGGAUGGGUUGUUGAAAAUAGUUCUCGAAGUCGGCGUCUACGUCGGCUACUCGGCCAUGCUCUGGGCCCACGCCACGGGGCCAGACGGCCUCGUCACCGGCCUCGAGUACAGUCCCGAGUUGGCAGAAAUCGCCCAAGACGCCUUGGCAAAGGAAGGCAUCAAUAAUGUUGAAAUCAUUGUGGGCGAUGCCGCUGAGACUCUGCCCAAGGUGAGCCCUUCUACUCCCUACGACAUCAUCUUUCUCGACGCCGAUAAGCCCGGCUACUCGAAGUACUUGUCGAUUAUUCUGGCCAGUUCCCAGCCCGGAAGCAAGAACCGCCUCCUCCGACCGGGAGGCUUGAUCAUUGCGGACAAUGUUCUGCGCAGGGGCCACGUCGCGGACCCGUCUAGGACGGAUCGUGAAAUGGAGGACGCGGGGAAGUGGAAUUUGCACAUUGAGGCUGUGAGGAAGUUUAACGAUCAGGUUGUCGGUGAGAAGAGACUAGAGUCAUUCUUGACACCGUUGUGGGAUGGCUUGAGCUUGAUUAGACUCGUUGACUAG